CCUCUGUUCAUCAUGCACACAAUAGAUCAGACAAAACUACACACACAGUGAAAAUGGUUAACCAUCAAUUACUUCUUUUUCUUGCAGUUCUAACUACCUUCCACGUGUCAUCAAAAUCAGCACCACCACCACUUUCAACCACCGCAACAGAGUUUCUACAAACACACAACCAAGCAAGAGCAGCAGUAGGCGUAGAGCCAUUAACAUGGAACGAGCAGAUAGCCAACAUUACCAGUAAGCUGGUCCGCUAUCAAAGAGACAAACAAGCUUGCCAGUUUGCCAACUUAACAGCCGGAAAAUACGGCGCCAAUCAACUUAUGGCACGUGGCACGACGGUUACGCCACGUAUGGUGGUAGAAAAUUGGGUGAAGGAGAAAGAAUUUUAUAAUCGUAGUGAUAAUUCUUGUGUUCCAAAUCAUAAGUGUGGUGUUUAUACUCAAGUUGUUUGGAGAAAGAGUGUUGAACUUGGUUGUGCUCAAGCUAGUUGUGGUAAGGAAGGGUUUAGUUUGAGUAUUUGUUUCUAUAAUCCACCUGGUAAUUAUGUUGGAGAGAGUCCUUAUUGAUUGUUAAGUUCUUGUAAUUUUAAUGUUCAUCUGCUUGAUUUGGGUCUCAUCUCAACUUCUUCUUGCAGUUGCAACUUUCUAAAUGCUAAUUAAUAAAUAAUGACUUUAGUUUACAGA